CCUGCCGAGCCUAUCAAUGACAUGUCCCCCGUCAGGGCUCCUAUAAAAUCAGCCCCUUUCCCAUGAAACAUCAGCAAACAUUUUGACGGCUCUGGCUUUUCCCCCCUCUGGAUUUCGGGAGUCUCUGACCCCCCCGUACCCUCCACCCCACCGCUCCGACCCUUACCCCCACCACCUCUCUACCACCAUCACCACCACCGCCACCACCACCACUACCACCACCUCUCUCUCUUUCUGUCUCUCUCUCUCUCUCGCUCACACUCCCUCUCUGCAGCCCGGCACAUCGUAUGCAUCUCUGAGGUGGCGGCCAGUGCUAUCAGGGAGACAGAGGGAGCUGAGGCGAGGGAAUCCUACGUGAAGCCAUUUUCUCAUUGGAGCCCCUGGAACGUGGAUGGGAAGAGGAUGCAUUGUGGGCUGCUGGAAGAGCCUGAUAUGGAAUCCACAGAGAGCUGGAUCGAAAGAUGUCUCAACGAAAGCGAGAGCAAGCGCUAUUCCAGCCACACGUCUCUGGGGAACAUGUCCAACGAUGAAAAUGAAGAGAAAGAAAACAACCAAGCAUCUAAACGACAUUCAACUCCCGCUACUUUAGAGUGGCUGGAGGAGAACUAUGAGAUCACUGAAGGAGUGUGUAUCCCUCGCAGUGCACUUUACAUGCACUACUUAGACUUCUGCGAGAAGCAUGACUCUCAGCCUGUCAAUGCUGCCAGCUUUGGGAAGAUCAUUAGACAACAGUUCCCUCAGCUAACGACAAGAAGACUGGGAACCAGGGGGCAAUCUAAGUACCACUACUAUGGAAUCGCGGUCAAGGAGAGCUCGCAAUACUACGACGUGAUGUACUCGAAGAAAGGCGCGGCCUGGGUGAACGAGACAGGCAAGAAAGAGGUCACCAAGCAGACAGUGGCGUAUUCACCCCGCUCCAAACUGGGCACUCUGCUGCCAGAGUUUCCAAAUGUCAAAGACCUAAAUCUGCCUGCUGCUCUGCCAGAAGAGAAGGUUUCAACAUUUAUAAUGAUGUAUAGAACUCACUGCCAGAGGAUACUGGACACAGUCAUACGGGCCAACUUCGACGAGGUCCAGAGCUUCCUGUUACACUUUUGGCAAGGCAUGCCCCCCCACAUGCUGCCAGUCUUGAGUUCCUCCACUGUAGUGAAUAUCGUAGGAGUGUGUGACUCCAUACUUUACAAAGCCAUUUCAGGAGUCCUCAUGCCCACUGUUCUGCAAGCCCUGCCCGAUAGCCUAACACAGGUCAUAAGAAAAUUUGCCAAGCAGCUAGACGAGUGGCUGAAGAUGGCUCUGCACGAUCUGCCUGAGAAUCUGCGCAACAUCAAGUUUGAGUUGUCAAGAAGAUUUUCUCAGAUCCUGAAACGACAAACAUCAUUAAAUCAUCUUUGUCAGGCGUCACGGACAGUGAUCCACAGUGCAGACAUCACAUUUCAGAUGCUGGAGGACUGGCGGAAUGUAGACCUGAAUAGUAUAACAAAGCAGACACUAUACACAAUGGAGGAUUCACAGGAAGACCAGCGAAGACUCAUCAUCCAAUUAUAUCAGGAGUUUGAUCGGCUGCUAGAAGAUCAGUCCCCCAUUGAAGCAUACAUUGAGUGGCUGGACUCUAUGGUGGACAGAUGUGUUGUAAGGGUGGCAGGGAAGAGACCCGGAUGCUUGAAGAAGGUCGCCCAGCAGUUCCUCCUCAUGUGGUCUUGUUUUGGGACCAGAGUGAUCCGGGAUAUGACGCUACACAGUGCCCCCAGCUUUGGCUCAUUCCACCUGAUCCACCUGAUGUUCGAUGACUAUGUUCUGUACCUGCUGGAGUCCCUGCACUGCCAGGAGAGAGCCAAUGAGCUGAUGAGAGCCAUGAAGGGGGAGGGCACCGUAGCAGAAAGUACUGAUGAGAAUAUGAUGCUGACCGAGACCACCCCCACCUCUCUGUCACCUGUGCCCUACUCUCCUGCUAAGUCUGUGCACUCAGUGGGAGUACCAGCCACCAGCUCACCCAGUUCAGCACAGUCCCCCGAGUACACUGGUGUGUCUGUUACAUCAGGAGCUGUUCAGUCAUAUACCUGGUCCCUUACGUACACAGUGACUACAUCAGGAGGUAGCCCCACCGAUGGUGGAGCCCAGCUGCCCUGCAUGCGUAGCGGCCCUCCAGUGCACCCUACCUCAUCUGCCCACCGGAUGCAAGUCUACCCGCACAGAGACGAGCACGGAUACACGGGCAGCUACAACUAUAGCAGCUACACAAAUCAGCACCACCAUGCCAUCCAGAGCCAGUACCCGAGUCUGCCCCACGAGCCUGCGCUCCACACACCUCUUCACUACUCGUCUUACCACCGUUCAUCUGCACAGUACCCACUCAACAGCCAGAUGUCACGCAUGGAGCCGUGUCUAAUGGGUGGAGCUUCUCGGCUGCACUCAACCCCGGUGACCCCCCGCUGGCCGGAAGUCUCUCCAGCGAACAGCUGCUACUCCAGCCCCUCUAUGCACUCAUCGCGCUACGCCUCCACAGGGGACAUGUACUCUCCUUUGGCUCCACGCAGGAACUCAGAAUACGAGCAUGCACAACACUUUCCUGGCUUUGCCUACAUUAACGGAGAAGCUACCACAGGAUGGGCCAAAUAGUUGCAUCUACUUCCAUAAAGAAUGCCCCCACAAUCUAAGGGAAUGCUUCAACAGACAUAUGUGUGCAGAGAGAAAGACCUCCAACAAGAACAGGAACAUUCAGCUACCCUAAACCCACUAAGUGAUGGGUUGUUGGAGUAAGCUUCAUAAAGCAAAAGUUUGAGUUGGACUGCGUGCAAAUGUAUUGAGAAAAUGUGAGAGCUGCCAAUCAAACUCUGCCUCUCCGAAGAUCCUGAAUCAGUGUGAGAUGUCGAGUGCAGCUGUAACCUUGUUGUGCCUUUUUACUUUCCUCCAAACUCCCCCUCCUCUUGUGGACAAUUUACAGCCCAUUUUGGUUUUAUUUUAUUUUUCAUUUUAGCCUAAAAUGACACCAGCAAUACAAGUCCCAACUAUAAAGUGUUUAUUGGUAUGAAUAUCACAUCUACAGAUGUAGAAAACCUGACUAGUCUCAUUGCCAAAAUGACAUAUCUUUAAUGUAAUUUUGGCUAGUAAUAUGUUAUUGUUAGACGGUCUCUCUCUCUUUUACAUAUAAUUACAUUUCACUAGGGAUACUCCAGUUACAGGUAUCUGUAAUUACUUUGUUACCUCUAUAAUAUACAGUUACUUACAUAGACUAGUAGGAAUUGGCAUUUUAGUUAUCUCAGUUCUGUAAUAAUUAAUUCUGAGUUAUAUUUAGCUGUUACAUUCUAUAAUAGAAUGUAAGAAACUUCAAUUUAUAUCUGUAAAUUAUUCCUGACUAGUGCAAAUUAUAAUUACAGAUAUCUCUUAUUAGAUUUUACUUGUGGAAAAUUUUAGAUCUUUUCAAUAUGUAGGUUUUAGAAUAGAAUACACAAUACAAUUUUUACUCUACAAAUAAUUUGCCAGGUUCACAGUUUAAAACUAACUAUGUUAACUCUGUCAGUUUUGCUGUGUAGUCAGAACUGUAGUGUAGAUAUGCAUUUAAAUUACAAUUUCUUCUUCAAUAUAUAUACAAAUGUGUAACUGGACUUUUUACUUGUAAAAUGUAAUUAUAGAUAAGAGAAAGUACAAUUUUAUAUAAAUCAGUGGUAACACCUGACUAGUGAAAAUUACAUUAGGAAAUGUUUUCCUGGCAAUAUGGCUGGAAAAAAUGGCUUUAUAGAACUCUGUAAUGAGAGUUUCGAAUUGUAAAACCAAAUUACAGCGAUCUGUAAUUUGAGAUACACCUUGUAUGACUGGUAUCAUUUGAGACUACAAUGGCUUGCCAUAAUUUCUCUGCCUGCUGAUGCAGAUUCUUUUUGAAAGUACGUAUAUCACAAGUCUUUGUUGACCUUGAGCUGGCUGCUUGACGUCAAUGCUGUCCUUUAUUUACACCGCAGAUUUCAUUUUCGCACUGUUUAUCAGCGUUAGCUCUCAUGCUUGCUGCUCUUUUGGCACAUGCAGAGCCUGUGCUGUGCAGUCAAAGAACCAGGAAGAACUGAACUGCCGCUCCCUCCCAGAAGGCACCUUGGCCCGUUGCCAGUACGCAGACGUCAAAGGAAGGGAGUUCACUGCUGAAUGAAAUCACAACCAUUUGUUGGGUCUUGCAGUGACUGAAAAUGAAAGUGAGAUCUGGCUGUGUGGUAAAACGUUUCCUGAAGAGUGUUGAGUGCAGUACGUCAGCAGGUUUGCUUUGUGCUUUGUCUUAUAGGCUCCAAUGCUGUAACUGUGGGACUGACAGCUUAACUCUAAACACCUUUCCUGUAGCUUUGUAACAUGUUGUCCCUUUUGCCUCUUGAUAUAUGUUUGUACUGUAAAUUGCAUUUUUUGUAAGAAUAGAGAGAGAGCGCGAAAGAGAGUGAGCGAGAGACAAAGUGUUAACCUAGGUUUGUGUGUUCUUAAAUGCACUCGAAGGUACUGUGGACCUAUUACCCUAUGGGUAGGAAUAAAAAAAGAAAAGAAUAUCAAUAUGUAACAUUUAUCUUUAUUCAUUUUCUUUUGUAAAUAAAAGCACUCAGUAACUUCUGUGGUGACAGCUGUUACCGUGUAAAUGAUAUAAGUGGAAAUAUUUGUUGCCACAUAAAGAUUUUUAAAAAGUC